CAGAUCAGCUACCACAUUUUCCAUGACACCAGUGUCCCACGCGCCUACAACAUUGGCACGGUCACUCUCAAACGACAGUCAUGGCGUCCCAUCGUUCUCCAACAUGUCACGGGGAAACAGUUCUUCUACUGUUGAAUCCGAGCAAGCCGUAAUCCUGUCGACUGCGGAGAGCGCCUUGCAAUCCCACGAGCCACCCAUGGCUGCGACUUCUCUUGAAUCGCCAACCCAGCUCCAAGUGGGGGAUAGUCGCCGACUCUCUGCUUCGUCCGAGACAACUGCGAACAUCAAUCUCCCUGUGGACUCUGUGGACUCUGUGGACUCUGUGCAAAUCUCGCAGCAGGAAACAGCAACCGAGCAGGGAUCAUCCACCACCACAUCUUCCACACACGAAAAGAAACCUUCCUGCAAGCAGCAGUAGUGUUAUCCAGUCCACUCUGGCAGCGGAUGGAACCAGAUCAAGCAUCUCUUUCCCUUUUAUGAUCAUAUUAAGGAAAGUUACAUGCGAUUCUUUUACAGAGUCCACUAUGAAUCUCUCCUUCAUUUGUUUCUUUUCUUUUUUUUUUUUGAUCAGAACUUUUUUUUCAUUGAGCUUUUUCCA